UGCAGAUUGAAACUGAUUCCCACUCACAAGGAUCACACAGUCAAGAUGAAUUCAAAGGUGAUCGUGUUUGUUGUCCUGCUGUGCCUCACUGGCUUUGGUCUGUUAAUGAGGGGAUACAUGCCAAAAUUCCCCCAGCUACAGCACAUAAGCCACGUUGCCUGUGACAAAUGUCUGAGAAAAGUCGACCCGUGGCUUAAGCAGCAUUUACACAAAUCUGUUCAACCAUUUUUGUCAGCAAACUACAGUCUCCCAGAGGAUGCUUUCAACUGGUGGAAGCGUUUACAGUUGGAAAGACGUGAUUACGGCACAUACAGAACAACAGUGGACAGGUUGUUUCAGAUGUUUCCAAAAAGUCCAGAUCUGAUAGAGUCCAGCCCUAAUCACUCAAGGAAUUGUGCUGUGGUGGGCAAUUCUGGUAAUUUGAGGAGAUCACAUUACGGACCUCUGAUAGAUUUCCAUGAUGUUGUUAUAAGAAUAAACAAAGGUCGUACCAAAGGCUACGAGGCAGAUGUUGGUACCAAAACAACUCAUCGUAUCAUGUAUCCAGAGAGUGCCAUGGACCUGGAUAACUCCACUCAUCUUGUGCUGUUUGCAUUUAAGAUACAAGAUAUUGAAUGGCUCAUCAAGGCCUUCAGCACAGGAUUUUAUGGAAGGUCAUAUGCGCCAAUAAAAACCACCAUCAAAGCUAACAAAGAUUUGGUGAUGGUGACCAAUCCAGCUUUCAUGAGGUAUGUUCAUGACAUCUGGCUUGAAAAGAAGGGCGGCUAUCCAUCCACCGGCUUUAUGGCAGUGAUUCUUGCCCUGAACAUUUGUGAUGAAGUUCAUGUGUUUGGUUAUGGAGCAGAUAAGGAUGGGAACUGGAGUCAUUACUUUGAAGAACUCAAAAACAAACAAUUUAAAACUGGACUCCAUCCUGGAUCACAUGAGUAUGAUAUUAUCAAGGAGCUAGCUAAGCGAAAAAUCCUCCAUUUUUAUGCAGGGAGUUGAUCUGUGAAGCUGAGUCCUUACAACUCAAGAGGCAGCUAUGACUAACUGAAUGGGUUCAUAUCAAGUCUCUUAGUUGAGAUUUUCUCACUCCUCACCUGUACUGAAGUUUUUCUGAGUUUGCACUUUGACAACUGUCCCAAGUCUCGUACUUCAUCUCUGAGGAGCAAGGAGGGAUCCAUAAGGAGCCAAAGUGUGGAAACAUGAGACAUAUGAAAAUCACCUGGGCUAGACUACCAGGCAGAUGACUUUGGAGACACUUUCUCAUUCAAGUGAAUGGGAAGCUGUAUUCAAACUUUUGACAGGUAUUAUUUAUACCUUUUUAUAUCAUCUCUACAUCAUUAAAUGUAUAUAACUAGCCACAAAAUGAAUAAUUUACAUACAAUAGGGUGGGGUAAGUGAAGUGAAGUGUGUUGUAUCUCAUUGAAUGCAUUUAACUGAUGUGAUACAGUUAGGGUUGCCAACUCCCUGAAAAAUAAAAUAUGGACACCUCGUUGGCAAGGCCAGCCGUCCGAUUGCGUUCACCCCUCCCAGCUUGGUGACAUUUUUUGCCUUUUUUUGUGUGUGUGUGAAACGAUUUUUAAAUUAUUUGACUCGAACCUGAAUUUAAUCCGAUGCAUGUUUUUGAGUGAUACGAAUACAUGGAAAACAAAUUAUUAUUCAACAAUUUAUUUUUUAUUACAAAAUAACAAAUCUUUUUAAAAGAACCCAAUCCUGCUUAACUUAAGAGAAUACAAUAAAUCUUUCUUUAACCGAACUGUCCUGCUUAACAGAAAACAGUAUAAAAUAACAGAAAACAAUAGAA